AUGGGCAAGACGACUCCUGAGGCAAUCUCUGACUCGUUGAUUAAAGUUAGGGCCAAUCCACCAUCUUUCCCUAGUAGGCUGGAGAAGCUAAGGAAGCAAGAGAAGGAAAAAGAGAUUUUAAAGGUGUUUCGAAAGGUGCAAGUUAACAUCCCUUUAUUAGAUGGAAUCAAGCAGGUGUCCAAGUAUGCCAAGUUCUUGAACAAUUUGCGUGUUAACAAAAGAAAGCUGAGGGGAGAUGAACGAGUUGUGGUGAGGGAGAACGUAUCAGCAGUGCUGCAAAGGAAACUACCGCCAAAGUAUGGAGAUCCAGGUAUGUUCUCUAUCUCAUGCGGAAUAGGGAAUACUAGGAUUAGAGAUGCGAUGCUAGAUUUAGGAGCAUCAAUUAAUGUGAUGCCAAAGAGUUUUUACAUGUCUUUAAAUCUAGGACCAUUAAAGAAAACUAGAAUUAUCAUUCAGUUAGCAGAUUGUACUAAUGACUAUCCUGACGGGCUAAUUGAAGAUGUUCUGGUCAAAGUAAAUGACCUAGUGUUCCCUGCUGAUUUCUAUGUACUUGACAUGCAUGAUGAACACUCCCAUAAUCGAUCACCUCUUAUGUCAGGGAGACCCUUUUUGAGUACUGCCGAAACCAAAAUUGAUGAGAAAAGGAGUACCCUUACAAUGAAAUUUGAUGGGGAGGUAGUUCAUUUUAAUAUAUUUGAUAUCAUGAAAUAUUCAUCUAAAUCCCACUCUGUUUUUGGCAUAAGUGUGAUUAAUCCUGUGGUCCAGGAAGUUUUUGAGUUGAAUGGUAGGGAUGAGUUAGAAGUCGCUCUUACCAAGUAUCUUGAGUUGGAAGCAACUUAUGAUGUGGAGUUAAGUGCAGAGUUGAAGUACACAGUUGGAGCAUUGCAAUCACUGGCAUUUACUACCAGUAGGUACGACCUUGUACCCCUAUUUAUACCCGAAUCUCAUCCGAGGUUGUUACCUUCUGUGAUGCAAGUGCCAGCAGUGGAAUUAAAGCCUCUGCCAGAUUAUCUCAAAUAUGCAUACCUUGGUGAUCGAAAGACUCUUCCGGUCAUAAUUUCGACUAAAUUAUCAGCCGUACAGGAGGAAAAAAUUGAUAAGGGUGCUACAAGAACACAAGGAGGCGAUAGAAUGGUCCAUUGCUGA